AUGCUGUGUCUGACUUUGACAGUAAGGAGGAUUCUAAAGGGGUUUCAUAUUUUUUUCAUAGUUGCUGGUGUCCUUGUCGCAGAUUUUUGUUCUGGAUUCGUCCACUGGGCAGCAGACACAUGGGGCUCCGUGGACAUUCCAAUUUUUGGUAGGGCUUUUAUCCGCCCUUUCAGAGAGCACCAUGUGGAUCCUACAGCCAUAACAAGACAUGACAUCAUUGAGACAAAUGGCGACAACUGCCUGCUAACUUUACCUGGAUUGCUCUACAUGGUCUAUCGAUACCUCACUUUUGACCAAGAAACUUUACAAGCUUCUUAUGGAGUAGAAUGUUUUGUGUUUUCACUGGCUAUCUUUGUCACUCUCACCAACCAGAUCCACAAAUGGUCCCAUACCUACUUUGGCCUGCCACUUUGGGUCCAGAAACUGCAGGACUGGCACAUAAUCCUGCCUCGCAAACAUCAUCGCAUCCAUCAUGUGUCUCCUCACGAGACAUACUUCUGUAUCACAACUGGCUGGCUCAACUAUCCACUGGAACUGAUCAAGUUCUGGCCAUGUUUAGAAUGGAUGAUUGAAAGAGCAACAGGAGUCAAACCCAGAUCUGAUGAUUUCAGGUGGUCAGGAAAAUCAGAAUAA